GCUAGAAGUUCAAUUUGUGCAAUGCUUCAUUGUUUUGGUUUUUGGCGGAGUAUUAGACUAAAAGUAAAUUUUAUUUGUUCCUGAUUUGGUCACUAUGAGUACUGUGUAAAUAUCACUAAUGACAUCCAGAUCAUUUCUAUUCAGUCAAAAUGUGCCCGCAUUCCUUCUCACCUGGUCUUGAUAAUACUUUUUUGCCAUUGUGAAUGUGUCAUCAGAGGAACUUGUAUCUGUCGUUGCACUGUUCCUUUCUGGUACUUCAGUAGCUUCUAGUUUUUGAUAAAUGCAAAUCAAGCUUUUUAAGUUUGUAGCAUGAGCUCCCCAGCUAGCUAUUGCAGUUUUUUCUUAGUUGAUGCAAGCAACGUCCGCCGCAAGUAGCUUAAUGCCCUGAUUCUCCAGCAUCAGCUCCAUUGGUCACAGAUAAUCAAAAUGGAUAAAUUCAUCAAGGUUGAUCUUUUACGUAAACUGCGUGAGAAUUUUGGGCACGAUAAUUUCAAAAGUGAUCUACAGAAAAAGGCUAUCGAAGCUAUCAUUCAGAGAAAGAAGGAUGUCUUUGUAUCAAUGCCUACAGGUUCUGGAAAAUCCCUUUGCUUCCAAUUUCCAGCGGUUUUGCAGUCAAAUCAAGUAGCUAUAGUUUUUUCUCCCCUUCUAGCAUUGAUGAAGGAUCAAAUUGAUCAAUUGACGAAAAAGAAAAUCGUUGCAGAAACUAUCAAUUCAAAAAUGGGUAGCAAGGAAAGAACUCGAGUAAUAAAUGAUCUGAGGUGUAAAGUUCCCAACACCAAGUUGCUCUAUGUCACACCUGAGCAAGCAGCCACACAAACUUUCAGGGGCAUUCUGUCUGAUCUCCACAAAUACAAUAAAGUAUCUUACAUCGUGGUCGAUGAAGCACAUUGUGUAAGUCAGUGGGGUCAUAAUUUUCGACCUGAUUAUCUUAAAUUGGGGACCCUACGCUCUUUGGUCCCUGGCGUCACAUGGAUAGCUCUUACUGCAACAGCCAGUGCGGUGGUUGUCAAAGAUAUAAUCACGCAGCUGCAGUUGAAGGACCCUCUGUCAUUCAAAGUGCCUUGUUUCCGAAGCAAUCUUUAUUAUGAUGUUGUUUAUGAUGAUUUGAUUCGGAACUCUUAUGAAGAUCUCAAAUUAUACAUAAAAAACUGUCUAAAAGAUAAUACAAAAGAUAUGAAACUGAGCCAGCGAGGUGUUGGAAUAAUUUAUUGUAGAACAAGGGAUUUAACAGAAGAUAUUGCCAGAGUUCUUAAUGAUAGAGGAAUUAAAACUGUGGCUUACCAUGCAGGUUUAAAAGAAUCGGAACGAAAAGAGGUUCAAGAAAGGUGGACAGCUGGCGAAUUUGAAGUUAUUGCUGCAACAGUCAGUUUUGGAAUGGGUGUAGACAAAGGUUCAGUGAGAUUUGUGAUUCAUUGGGGCGUACCAGCAAAUGUACCUGGAUAUUAUCAAGAAUCUGGUCGAGCUGGUCGUGAUGGCAAACCUGCUUUCUGCCGCAUUUAUUACUCGCUAAAUUCCAGGAAUGCAUUAACCUUUAUUCUCAAACAAGAACUAAACAAAGCCAAAACUCCUGAUCAGGAACAGAAAGUAAAAGAAACUCAGAAAUCUUUCGAGAAAAUGGUUGAAUACUGCGAAAAAGCCAGGUGCCGGCAUUUAGUGUUUGCUGAGUACUUUGGGGAUUCAAAACCGAAAUGUGUGGAUAAAUGUGAUGUAUGCAAAUUCCCUAAAAUGGCAAAGAAGAAUUUAGAUGAGUUUAAUGCUCUUGUAAAUGGUGAAUACAGACAAUACGGAGGUCGCACAAUGGUUGUGACGGAAGGAAAGUUCAAUGAAAACUUCGAUGAACUGUAUGGAGAAGGAAGGCGAGGUUUAUCCAGUUUCAGGGAGAAUUAUUUCGAAGAAGGAGAAAGAGAACAGCAAAAAGAUGAAGAGCUGCUAAAGGAAAUAAAAAAGCAGUUUCAGCUGCGCAGAGGCUCACAAUCCUCAAACGAUCCGGAUAAUGAAAACGAUGCAACAUACUCAAUCGUAAAAGCUGCCGCCAGCACUAAAGUGAAAGUCAAUGGCCUUAAAAUAACUACUCGUGAGUCAUAUGUCGACCUUUUCAAAGGUUGUUUAGAGGAUAAUUAUAAUAAAUGCAAUAGUUUUGAAGAUGAACCACUUCAAUUGAGUAAAUCAGAUUUGGAGGAGUUUGCCACACUUGUAGAGUAUGAGGUAUUUACCGCCUCAAAAGUUCUUGCCACCUACAGAAAUUUAGCUGCAAAAAAGAAAUCAGAAAUUGUCAAAGCGACUAAUGCACUAUCACUUUUCAAGGAGCUCAAAACAUUUACCCCAACCAAAGACAAAGGGACAUUAAGAGAUGCAAUGGAAGACAUUAAGAAAAAACAAGCAACCAAAUACCCAACGACCAUUAUUCCUGCUUCUCAACUGCUUCCUAAUUUCAAUUCAAAUACAAAGCCCAGAAAACGACUAGGUAUCGGUCGCGAUUUCCUCUCACAGCAGUCGGUGAAAUCAUUUCUGAAAGGUGAUGGCAAUGUAGCCAAAAAUGUUGGGUCUGAGUCUUCAAACUCUGACUCUGAUUUUAGAGAUCAGUCAUCUUCGAACUCUAACGAUAAGGAUAAUAGACUGCAAGAAAGUUACAACGAUAGUGGCGUUGGUUCCAGUUGUGCUCUCUCCUCUUCUGAAGAUAUUUUGGUACCAUCAGGAAGCAAAACAUACCCAUCUUCAGAGACUGAAUGUUCUUCAAAAGCUAACGGAACUGAUUAUAAAGCUUCAACUGAUUUUAGGUCUAAAAAUUCUGUCUCUUGCCAUACAAUUUCUGACUCUGAGAACUCAGACGAUGCUUUAAUUGUAGAUGAAGUAACGCACGAUGAAACUAAUGAGUGCAAAAGUGACAUCUCAAAUAGCGCAAAAAGGAAAGCUAUGCAUGAAGCAACCAGCUCUAGUUCUUUGUUGUCCCCAAUGAAGAAAAAGGUGAAAAAAGAAAAUACAAAGAAAAUAUACAUGGCACUCUUUGGGGAAGACGAAGAUCCUACCCUCAAAGAAGGAGGAGGAUUAGUUUCAGAACCAAACAGACCUCAUGGAGGUUUCAUUUCUUCUAAGAAACUACUGAAAUCUUAUGAGAGUAAUCAAGAGAAUGAAGCAGCUUCUAUAAAUUCCCCAAAAGCCGAAGUUAGUUCAAAAUCUUGUCUCUCUCCAAACGUCAACUUUUAUAAUAGUAAUGACAAUGCAGAUGUUGCCUGUAAACAAUCACCAGCACAAGCCAAAGUAGCAGUCAAAGCUAAAAAUCUUGAAAGAAGCCGCAGCAUUAAAUCUGAGAAAGAGAAAGGUACGGAAGGAAAAAAGCAUUUGUCGAAACGGAAUGUUUCGGAUGUAAUUGUAAAAUGUUUGAUGCCGCAUUACCAUCGUAAGAGAAUCGCAUCAAAAGAUUUGUUCAAGAAUUUAACCCGUGGAAUCGUUCACAAAAUUGUGGAAUCCAAAAAAACUGAUUUUAAUGAAAAAACUUGUUCCAGCCAAUUCAAUGAAGUGUUUCAAAAUCUUCCAAAAAUUGAAACUCAAGAGCAAAUCGAUGUCAUCGUUGCAACGUUUUAACUGAAGUUGAAUUUCCGUACCACUAUUAUGUGUAUCAAUGACCCUUCAUUUCUGAAGCUGAAGAAAUGAGGAGUUGACUCACACGGUCUAAUUGUACACAAGUAAAAAGUCUAGUCAACUUGACCUCUUCGGUACAUUCAGGAGCCAAGUCUACUAUCCCCUCGCAUUCUCUCCUCACAGCAGGACCAGGACAUCCUGUUAAGAGGAUUGUUAAAUUUCAUUCAGUCCUCUGCUCAGACUCCAUGUAGUGAAAACGUAAACUUAGUAAGUAACGUUAGCUGUUUGAGGAAAAACUAUGAAGAAGACCAUAAAGAUGUGCCUAUAUUUUCAUUUAAUGCCCGUUUUUCUAAUGUCACUAUUUAUUCUUAAGUAGGUACAUAUUAUCAACUCACAGUUAGUUUUUUUCAACUUUGUUUUUUUUUUUAGUUUUGUUGUAGAAGUUUUUAAAGUGUUUUUUAGAAUUCCUUGAAUUGCGAUGAUGAUAUUUACAGAAAAAAGUAUCAACUUUUUUCCUAAUUUAAGGAAAGAGAGGCCCAGUGAAAAAAUUCAGCUCUUGAAGGCAAGUGGGGCUCUAGACAAGGUAUGAAAUAAAACGAAUAAAAAGAUGGUUUCUCUUCAAAAUUUCUUUUCGUUUUUGUCGAAACGAAAUCACGCAUCAGGAAGUCUGAAAAUCAAAUCCUAAACAAGUUAUAAGUGUUUACUAUUAACAUUGGUUAAAUGACAAAAAUACGAAUGACGUCAUUUGUAUGAUUGGACUUCCAUUUGAUCCGUGUUCAAAAUAUUUGCUAAUAUCCCAUUCAGGAGUUGAUUUCCGAAACUCCCGUUGUAUGAUUCGUUUUGCAUGAGAGAUUUUGAGGAAAAUUCAUGUUACAUUAAUUUCUAGUUCAGAUUCUGUCUAGUGAUCCAUUAGGUUAUCUCAUGUGUGAUAUUCAUUACAAAAGUAUGGAAUCCUUUUUUUUUUAGGCCACUCAAUUUUUUUUUAUUCUUUGCGUCGAAAUUAAAAAAAAAGAAAGAAAAGGUGGUGGAGUUGGUUUAUUCAUUUAUUAUGUUUUAAUCACGCAGCAAAAACUUUUGCCACCAUAGCAAUUGGUUUUACUUGCUUAUAUUACCUGAUGGGUUUUCUAAGUUUUCAUCUAAGUUGUCUGAGGCAUUGUAACCACACUGUCAUAACACUACAUAUUUGAAGUAUACGAAGCAAGUGCAACUUCAAUACACAAAACUUCCUAUUAUCUUGAUUUUGGAUCGCUUUGGUCAGUGUGGACAGUCAAAAUGCUGACCUGAAACACACUGUAAUUUCUCUUCCUGGUGGUAUCUCAAAUCAUCAGAGUUCAAGUACUGGUGUGAAAAAGGUGCAAA